CUCCUCAAGUCCUUCCUUCGAUGUCUAUGUACGGAGUAUCCGUAAUAUGUGCCACUUUACUCGUCGCCAAGAGAGAAGCAUCAAUCCCCCGCAUCGUUGGUCAAGCUCUCGCGUAAGAUUUUCGUUCAACCCAUGCAAUCAGUGGAUGGAGCUGGUACCCACAAUUGAUUAUCUUCUCAUCGACGUUUGUUUCAUUAGCUUUGCGGGGAGUUCCGCAUCUCAAAGUACGUAACUAACGGCGUCUCUAGCAACAUACGGCUCCAGCCGGGUAGCUAUAUUGCAUUAUAGGCAGAAUCCUUGCCAAAAUCGAGAAGCACUGGCCAAAAGCUUCAUCUCGACGAGAAUACGCACUUAGUAAGGGGCCAGCUGCAGUGCCGGAUAAGUGUCUGGAAUUUCAGUGGUCAGCCAGUCCGCCCCUGACAUACCUAGUGGCAACCCCCGAUUACCUGCGACAAUGGCCUCACCACUGGGCCAUUAUCGACCUCAGGGCCGUCGGCAAUCGGAAUCGUCUUCCGUUAAGAUGUUAUAACCACACGUCGCAUUUCAUUGUGUAUCUACGCAAGUCCUUCGCGGCUCUCCCUUUUUU